UUUGCGUGCACUUUUGUGUGGAAAAACUCGCGCUAGUGUUCGUGUGUUGAAAUGUCACUAGGAGUAGAAGAAGAGGAAGCAGAUUACUUUCUUGAUUUAACGACCAACUUCAACUUGGGCGGACGAGUGAUUGUGGAGAAUUUUCCUUAUUUCUGGUUUUAGUGGAACAAUCAUCCUUUCAAAGUCUCUGGAUAAAGCUUUUUCGGUGUUUAAAAUAUACAUAUAUUGAAGUCUUUCGCUGAGAAUGAGUUCGACCGAGUUCAAUAUUGGCCUCAACAGUGCCAAAACAUCAAGCCGCGUUUUGAAGCCACCAGGUGGAGGCCAUUCUGAUAUUUUUGGAUCCCCGGAGCUAAAGGCAAACCCUCCGCGUCCGAAAUACAAUCAGCAGAAUUCAUCAAACAUGAAUGGCGUCAUGGGCACCACGGAUCCCAACAUAAAAGUGGUAGAGCAGGCACAAGCUCAUGAUCACCAAGCUGAAGCAGAGGCACCGAACAUGGCUUCCCAAGCAAAACCGACUCCGACUGCAGUCAGCAACGAAUCGUCAUCGCAGGAUUCCGGCAACCGCGCCCGCGUCCCACCCGGAGGUUUCUCUUCGGGUCUUUGGUGAAUCGGGGUGGAAUGUCAACUUUCAGGGACACAACCGAAGCACACUUUGUGAAAGCCUCAUAUUGCAGUUUUAUUUACCAAAGAGUACUGAGGUAUAUUAUUGAAUUACUUUCUAUCGGUAUUCCUUGGUAUGACCAAGACAUUUUCAUUUCAACAACUGUUUGAUCUCGUGGAAUGCAUUUAUGACAACAAUUCGUACUUAAUAGCCUAAUCCUGCUUAUAUAUUGCGAGUCCCAAUCCAAUAUUCAUCCUAGCAAGACAAACGCAAUGUUGCUUUACAAUAAAAUCUUUACCUGUUACAAAGUUUGCUUAAACUAAAGAAUAUAAA